CCCACUUUCUCUCUCUAUAAAAAUACACUCCCAAAUGCUAGAGAGAGAAAACCAACAACAGUACGGUCUUUCAACUCCUUUGAUUCAUCGCUAAGCAAACUCAAAAUACCUAACGAGCCGGAGAUCGGGGAGGAUUUGAUCGGAUAAUCUGUUUUUUUACUGCUUUCCUGCGAUUGAUUAAGGAUGUCUGGGCCGAAGUCGACGUUGAUCUACAGUUUCGUGGCGCGGGGGACGGUGGUGUUGGCAGAGCACACCGAUUUCAGCGGCAACUUCAACUCCAUCGCCUAUCAGUGUCUCCAGAAGCUUCCGGCUUCCAGCGUCAAUAACAAGUUCACCUUCAAUUGCGACGGCCACACUUUUAAUUACCUGGUUGACAACGGCUUCACUUAUUGUGUGGUAGCCGAAGAAUCAGCUGGAAGACAGGUCCCAAUUGCUUUUCUGGAGCGUAUUAAGGAUGAUUUUGUUUCAAAGUAUGGGGGUGGGAAGGCUGCAACUGCACCAGCUAAUGGACUUAACAGAGAAUUUGGCCCUAAGUUGAAGGAACACAUGAAGUAUUGUGUUGAACAUCCGGAGGAGAUUAGCAAACUUGCAAAAGUCAAAGCUCAGGUUUCAGAAGUUAAAGGGGUUAUGAUGGAGAAUAUUGAGAAGGUAGUGAAAAUGCAUAUUCUUCUUCUCUUCAGAGUAUCCAUGGUAUCUCUCCUGUAUUGGCUAAAUGGUCAUCCUUGGUUUUACAUCGCUCUGUGUAGUUAUUAUAUAUCCUCUUGCCGUGAAACAAAAAUAAUUUAUUUAGCUAUGUGUUAGGAGAAAAGCACCGAUUUCUGUCAUUUGACUUUAAGCAGAGAGGUUUUAUUGUGGUUCUUGAUCUCAUUAGCUAUUUAAUAUCAAAACAUUUAAUAUCAAAACAUUCAAAAUAGCAUCUUCUUUUGGUAGCAAAGUUUAUUUGGUUUUAUUAGAAGCAUAACAUUGGACACAGAAUUUACCUUCGUGGAUGUCUAAACAUCACUGCUGUAUAUAGAUUGGGGCAAACAAUGAGAAAAUCGUCUAAAUUCUAAAGUGUAAGACCUGUGGUUUUCUUGAAUGUUGCACCAUAUCACUCCGUUUCGUGGUUUAUUCUUUGAUCAUUCAGUAUUUUGUUUCCAGCAUUUCCUCUCAAGUUGUUGAAGAGAAUAAUAAUACACAUGAGUAUAUCAAAUUGGUUGAGUCUUGUUUUAUGGGCAUCUUGUUCUGAUUCGUGAGUGUUGGGUGUCGAUGUUGGAAGUGGCGAUGUAUGUGUUAUAGAAUGAUUGAUGUUAUUUGGAAGAUUAAAAGAUGAUAAACACAUGCAGUAUGUUGUAACCGUCAUUCAUUUGCUUAUUCGUCGAGGUCUACCUUUCUUUUUUAUUAUUUCUUGUUCUGUUGUGGAGCUAGUUGAUUGAUUUCAAAUUGAAACAGUAGUACAUCAUAUUCUUCUUAUAGUUUGUCGCACUUUCUGUGUUAUGGUUUAUUACCUUUUGUUGCGUUGUGGCUGUGUGCUUUAUGUUAGAACCUUUGGUUUGUGCCAACAGCAGCUGACUUUGUUCAUUGGUGUAGGUUCUAGAUCGCGGUGAAAAGAUAGAAAUUCUGGUUGAUAAGACUGAGAACCUUCAUCAUCAGGUGACUUUCUUUUAUUGAUGGCAUUCUCUCUCUCCUUUUUUACCCCGAUUGAUGUCAUAUAUGUAGACUUUCUGUGGAUCUGGAGUUUAAAUUCUGGAAAGUGUUUAGUCUUUUGGCAUAUCUUUAAGCAUAAAUCGAACUCUUUUGGACAUGAGCAUUAAUGUAUAUGUAUUUGUGUAACUUCAGUGGUUUGAUAAAGUUGUGCAAUUUACUCAGAUAUGUAUCAUCAAUUUUUUCUUUUAUUUCGUGAAUAGGCUCAGGAUUUCAGAAACACGGGAACAAAGAUUAGGAGGAAAAUGUGGCUGCAGAACAUGAAGGUCAAGUUGAUCGUAUUAGGUAUUAUUAUUGCGUUGAUUCUCAUCAUAGUUCUCUCUGCUUGCCAUGGGAUAUGCGGUAAAAAUUGAGCACGGCCGAAUGGUGAUGAAAAAUUUGUAUGGAAUGGCUCCGUGCUGUUUUAUCUUGUUAUAAAGGCUUGGGUAGGAUGAUCUAUUUGCAAUUUUCUGUUGUUACAUAUGAUGUCUGUUUAGAAAGUACACAUUCCAGACGCUGAAAAGAUAAACUUUUAAUCUGUUGCUAUCUUUUUUGGUAGAAUGAGCUAUUUUGUUUCCUGUUAUUUGGAAAGCAUCGAGUUCAAUUCAUUCAACUGUGUUGGGGUAAUAUCAACUGUAAAAUUCUAUGUUCUACAUGUUGAUAUUUUGGUUUGGUUACUGACAUAGUUCGAAGUAUAUAAUCAACAUUGUUAUCAAUACGGAAUGGUGGAAGC